GUCUACCUCCAGAGCGCCUCCCGUCCACAUAACCUGCCGCGUGCGCGCGCGCGCACGUCGACGCCAUUUAUACGCCGCUAGUUUCCGGCCAGCGGUGGUCUCAAACUCCCGUUUCUCAACCAGCCAGUAGCUAGACUGUACUACGUGCAGCUAGCGAGGCAGCAAGAGCGAGAGCAUGAGGAUCCAGUGCGGCGCGUGUGAGGGCGCGGCGGCGACGGUGGUGUGCUGCGCGGACGAGGCGGCGCUGUGCGCGCGCUGCGACGUGCAGAUCCACGCCGCCAACAAGCUCGCCGGCAAGCACCAGCGCCUCCCGCUCGACGCAGCCCCGGCGGCCAGUAAGCAGCAGCUGCCGCGCUGCGACGUGUGCCAGGACAAGGCGGCCUUCGUCUUCUGCGUCGAGGACCGGGCGCUCUUCUGCGGGGACUGCGACGACUCCAUCCACCUCCAGGGCACGCUCUCCGCCAACCACCAGCGCUACCUCGCCACCGGCAUCCGCGUAGGGUUCAGCUCCGUCUGCAGCGCCCACGCCGACCACCACCCGCCGGCACCGCCCUCCAGCAACAACAACAACAACAAGCCACCGCCCGCCGUCGUCCCCAGGGCGGUCCCCAAGGCGCCGGCACCUGUGGCCGCGGCGCAGGAGGUGCCGUCGUCGCCGUUCAUGUCGUCGUCCAGCUGGGCCGUCGAGGACCUCCUGCAGUUCUCCGACUACGAAUCCAGCGACAAGAAGGGGCCUACGUCCCCUCUCGGGUUCAAGGAGCUGGAGUGGUUCGCCGACAUCGACCUGUUCCACCAAGACCAGGCGCCGCCCGCCAAGAGGGGCAGAACCACCGCGGAGGUCCCGGAGCUCUUCGCCUCGCCGCAUCCGAUGAGCAACGCCGAAUUCUACAAGACAGCCGGCGCGCAAAAGAGCAAGAGGGCACGGGUGGAGCUGCCUGACGACGACGAGGACUACCUCAUCGUUCCCGAUCUUGGAUGAUGCAAUAUCUCAACUAA